AUAGAGCUUUUUCUCAUAGCUUGCUCGCGCGCCGCUACUACAGAGGGAACAAGAAAAACUAAUAAUUUUCAUUUUAUGAAUGCUGGAUUCGAAUUCGAGUUCUCGGGUCAUUUCAAUCCAGUUUCCAUUGUACGUCAGUAGGCAAAAACAAAAACCCUAGAAAUCGAAAGAAGAAGAAAGGGAAAGAAAAUGCCUCAGGUGAAGAUAAUCGCGAAGAAUUUCAUGGACAUGGUGGCUUCGUUGCCCGCCAUUAAGCUGGACAUGCUCUAUCGUAAUCAAUUCAUUUGCGAAGCCAUUCUCAGGUCGCUGCCGCCUCUGGCGAAGAAAUACGUACUACAGAUGUUGUACAUCGAUGAUCCAAUAACAUCCAAGUCGUUGCAGGAGUGGGUGAUUGCUGAUGGAUCCUCUAAGCACAAGGUUUCCAUCGAUCGGUUGAUUCAGUUAAGAGUAUUUGAAGUAAUUGAUCGGAAGAAGGAAACAACUUACAAGUUAAAUCCCACAUUUCAGACUAGUCUCCGGAAGCAUUUGAUAUAUGGUGGGAUUUUGCCGAGAGAACCAAUGCCUCCAAAUGUUAUUGCAAGACUUCCAACCUCGGAGGAACUAGAUGCCUAUGCCCUUGAGCAAUGGGAGUGUUUCUUGCUGCAACUUAUAAGUUCAGGACAAGCUGAAAAAUCAUCAAGCUUCAGCUCUUCCAUGAUGAGAAUUUUUCAGCGUGGCUUUUUACGUCAAAGAGAGAAAGAAGCACCAAGAUUAACUGAGAGUGGUUUCCAGUUCUUGCUGAUGGAUACAAGUGCGCAGCUUUGGUAUGUUAUCAGAGAAUAUAUCUCCAAUUCAGAGGAGCAGGGUGUAGACCAAGCAGACUUAAUUGCCUUUUUGCUAGAACUUAGUUUUCAUACCACUGGUGAGGCUUAUAAUUUAGAUACACUCACGGAUUACCAGACGGCCAUGAUCAAGGACCUUGCAGACUUGGGAUUGGUCAAGCUUCAGAAGGGCAGGAAAGAGAGUUGGUUUAUUCCUACUAAAUUAGCUACCAAUCUUUCAGUAAGCUUAGCAGAUACAACAUCAAGGAAACAAGGAUUUGUUGUUGUGGAAACAAACUUUAGGAUGUACGCGUACUCGUCAUCCAAGUUACACUGUGAAAUUUUACGUCUAUUCUCAAGGGUAGAGUAUCAACUUCCAAACCUCAUAGUUGCUGCAAUAACAAAAGAAAGCCUGUAUAAUGCUUUUGAAAAUGGCAUUACAGCCGACCAGAUAGUUACAUUCCUUCAGCAGAACGCCCAUCCUCGUGUUGCUGAGAAAGUACCAUCAGUACCUGAAAACGUCACAGAUCAGAUAAGAUUGUGGGAAACUGAUUUGCACAGAGUUGAGAUGACUCCGGCUCAUCAUUAUGAUGAAUUUCCUUCAAGGGAUGUCUUCGAGGCUGCUUCCGACUUUGCCCGAAUGCAUUCUGGUUUACUAUGGGAGGAUGCGAACAAAAUGCGAAUGGUUGUCAGGGCAGAGAUUCAUAUGCUUAUGCGCGAGCAUCUUCGCAGUCAAAACAAGUAGACCGCGUGGCCGAUCUGUAUAUCAUCCAGGAUAUCUCCUGAUAGUGCAUGCAGGCCGAAUGAGAUCGUUCAGAGUUUUGGUAGCGAAAAGGGUUUAGGGGAUACCCUCACCGUGUAUUGUAUCCACGAUGGAGAUUUCGACAAAAUCACUUGUUAAUAGUUUUGUAUUAUCCAAAUCAUUUCAGUAGAACAAUAGCACUAAUGAAUGCAAGCAAUGUUCGAGGACACUUUUUACU